UGGCCUGUACAGACAGAUCACGCCCACUUCGCCGUCCUUCGGAGGCCUUCUCCCUCGUUGAGAAGUUGUCAUGCCUGCCACUCACGAGCUGCAACCAAUUGGGUGGUUUUAUCCUUUAGCUCGGAGUGGAAGACUUGAAGGCGCUCGCCGGUAACUGCCAUCCAAGAUGUCGGCUUCGUGUGCGUUCCCCAUGUGUGUGCGAGCGAGCCGGGGCCUCCUCAGGCUCCGCUGCGGUGCGCCCGCCGCGGUGGACGUCGUACGUACACUGUCCACGGACAAACCGGCGGCCGGGCACGACGGUGCGACGGGGGGUCUGGCUCAGGCGAUUCUCCAGGAGCGGCUCCAACAGCAGAGUCAGGGCCAGCCGCCUCCUGCAGAGGGCGUGGAAGCUGCGCGCGGCGGAGGCGAGCAGGCAGGCGGCGACAAGAAGCAGAAGGAGAACACUGCCUACGCCAAGAAGAUGGUGCUCAGGUUGGCGGGCCUCAUGGGCCUGGGCGGCGCCGUCAGCAUCGUCUACAUAUUUGGGACCAAUUCAGUAGACGAACAAGGAAACCAGAUUCCCGAUGAGUUCGACAAAGAACCUCCAGUGGUCCAGCAACUGAAGAGAACUGUCAAGUACUUCCAGGACUACAGACAGAUGAUCAUCGAGCCCACCAGUCCCAAACUGUUGCCAGACCCAGUGAAGGAGCCUUACUACCAACCUCCGUACACGCUGGUCCUGGAGCUCACAGAUGUCCUGCUGCACCCUGAGUGGUCGCUGGCAACCGGGUGGCGCUUCAAGAAACGUCCCGGCAUCGAUUACCUGUUCCAGCAGCUGGCGCCGCUCUACGAGAUCAUCAUCUUCACCGCAGAGACCGGCAUGACGGCGUACCCUUUGAUUGACGGCAUCGACCCGCAGGGUUUCGUCCUCUAUCGUCUCUUCAGAGACGCCACGCGCUACAUGGAUGGACAUCAUGUCAAGGAUGUGUCGUGUCUGAACCGCGACAGCAGCAAGGUGAUCGUGGUGGACUGCAAGCGCGAAGCGUUCAGUCUGCAGCCGUUCAACGGGAUGGCGCUCAAGAAGUGGGACGGAAACUCGGACGACCGCACGCUCUAUGACCUCGCCAACUUCCUAAAGACCAUCGCGCUGAGCGGCGUGGACGACGUGCGCUCGGUGUUGGAGAACUACGCGGCCGAGGACGACCCCGUCGACGCCUUCAAACGCAGGCAGGCCCAGCUGGCACAGGAGGAGGAGCAGCGGGUGGGUGAGUGGUCGCAGCAAAAGAACUCUGGUUUGUCUCUGGGCUCCAUCGCAUCGCGCUUUUGGCGCUCCAAGCAGCAGUGAGCGAGCCAAGAAACUCUGCUUUUCUCGGGGUGACGAGAGCUUUUGCUGGCCCCUCCCCCUCAGAGGAACAGACCUUCUGAUUGGACAAAGGAGAGAAAGGGAGACGGGCUGGCGGUCGCUCUUUAAGAUCUGACCCGAGAUCUACCGAACUACAUCAAUGCCGUCCGUCACGGCAACCACAACAAAGAUGGUGGCCGAGUGUGGCUGAUGAUGUCAUCGCGAGAGGGCGCCGCAGCUGUCUAUCAUGUGACCACUUCCUGUCAUCGCCCUUUUUGUUGUUUUUUUCUAUUUAUUAACUUAGGUUUCCACGCCAGCUUGACUUUGCGUCUUUGUGCUCUUCAAGGUCUUCCUGUCUUGUUCUUCUCUUGCUUGCGGUCGCUUGUUGCAGAUCAUGUGAUGUGGACGUACGAUGACUUCUUCAAUUAAAGAAAAAACCAAGCUCCUACUCUUCUUUUUAUUUUCUUUCUCGAGUGGAAACUCCAUGUCCAAAUUCGGUCAAUUUCAAGCAGAAACCUAAUUUAGUCAGUUUUGGUCAAAACGUCCAAAUUAGGUCAGUUUUGGUCAAAACCUCAUAGUCAAAAUUGAUUUUGGAUAAAAACCUCUCAUGGCCAAAUUUGGUGACACUGUUUAUUUGUCACUCCCACUUGGUUUACUGCAAAACUGACAUGGGAAGAAUAAUAAAAUUGAAUUUAGUAUAUUUCAACCAAACCAUAUAAUAACAAAAGUGCUAACAUGGAAUGUGAAAUAGCAUAGUCCUAGUCACAUGACUUGGACUGGAGUCCUAAAUUGGAUGACUUCCGACUCGACUUGAGAACAUGUUGAAAGACUUGCAACUCCACUUGGACUUGGACAGCAGUGACUCGUGACUUCACUUGGACUUGGACCUGAACCCUUUGACCUGAAAAGACUUGCUUCUUUGACCAAUCUCCGUAGCGUUCUCUCGUUACAACUUCCUCCGCGACUUGUCAACGUUAGCAUGAGCAGCUAGCUUUGUGCAAAUGUUUACAUUUGUCGUGUCCUUUUCUUCGCCUCUGUUUGAUGUAAUAUUUUUCCAUAGUGCCCUCUAGUGUUCUGACUCGCAUACACCAGUUGGAUAAAAUUGCACCUUUAUUACAAGAUGACAAA